AUGGCUCCCCUUCGCUCCUCUGUUGUAGGGCUGCCAGUUCUAGCUGCCUGUGUGAUGGCAGCGGCCAGCUAUCCUGCCAUUCCUGCUGACUUGACUACUCCUGUCCAACAGCGCAUCGCUAUAAAAGGCCCAAACUCAAUAUCUGUGGGCUGGAAUACGUACCAGCAGCUGUCGAAGUCUUGUGUUCAAUAUGGCAUCUCGAGUGGCUCCCUGAAUUCUGAAACUUGCUCGACUUCAUCUGUCACUUACGCCACUUCACGCACCUGGUCCAAUGCAGUCACCCUCAGCGGUUUAUCACCAGCAACGACGUACUACUAUAAGAUCGUGUCAACCAACUCCAGCAUCGAGCACUUCUUCAGUCCCCGCCUGGCCGGCGAUACUACUCCCUUCACCAUGAACGCCGUCAUCGACCUGGGCAUCUACGGUGCCGAUGGCUACACCAUUCAAGGCGACCUAACCAAAAAGGAUACGAUCCCUCAGAUUCAGCCGUCGCUGAACCACACCACCAUCGGUCGCCUCACCACGACGGUCAACGACUACGAGCUCGUGGUGCACCCUGGUGACUUCGCCUACGCCGACGACUGGUUCGUGAAAAUCAAGAACCUGUUCGUGGGCGAGGAUGCCUACGAGGCUAUUCUCGAACAAUUCUACGAUCAGCUCGCCCCCAUCGCGGGCCGAAAAGCCUACAUGGCCAGUCCGGGGAACCACGAGGCCGACUGCCAGGAGAUUCCAAAUACCGCUGGAUUGUGUCCCACGGGACAAAAGAAUUUCACGGAUUUCAUGAACCGGUUCGGCAUGACGAUGCCGACGGCAUUUAUAUCGACUUCGCGCAAUGAUACAGCUAAAAUCAACGCGAAUAAGGCGCAGCAGCUGGCUAAUCCGCCGUUUUGGUACUCGUUUGAAUAUGGUAUGGUGCACGUGGUUAUGAUUGAUACUGAGACCGACUUUACUAACGCGCCGGAUGGCCCGGGGGGCUCUGCUGGCCUGGAUGGCGGUCCGUUUGGGGCUCCGAACCAACAGCUGGAGUUUCUUGAGACGGAUCUGGCUUCGGUAGACCGCACUGUCACACCGUGGCUUGUGCUGGGUGGUCAUCGGCCUUGGUACUCGACGGGAGGGGGCAGGAAUAUCUGCGCCCCGUGCCAGGCGGCCUUUGAGCCGUUGCUAUACAAAUACGGCGUCGACUUGGCGAUUUUCGGCCAUGUGCACAAUUCGCAGCGGUUCCAGCCUGUGUACAAGGGGGUUGCUGAUCCCAAGGGAUUGAAUGAUCCGGCGGCGCCUAUGUACAUUGUCGCGGGAGGGGCUGGAAAUAUCGAGGGGCUCAGCUCCGUUGGGACAAACGUGUCUUACAAUGCGUUUGCAUAUGCUGAUGAUUUCAGUUACGCGACCGUUUCAUUCCAGGAUGCGAAUAAUCUUGAGGUCGAGUUUAUUAGGUCGUUGACAGGUGAAACCUUGGAUAGUUCGGUGCUGCACAAGUCGCACACUCAGCAUUUUGUUAGGCAGUGA